AUGGAUUUGGAUGAAGCAGGUCAGUUAAAAAAUCUAUUCUGGGCUGAUGCAAGAAGUAGGGUUGCAUAUGAAGAAUUUGGUGAUGUUAUUACCUUUGACACAACAUAUUUGACCAAUAAAUAUGACAUGCCGUUUGCACCAUUUGUGGGAGUAAAUCAUCAUGGACAAUCAAUCUUACUUGGUUGUGGGCUGGUUGUGGGUCGUGCACCAAAAGCCAUCAUCACGGAUCAAGAUAAAGCUAUGCAAAUUGCUAUUGCGGAAAUAUUUUCAGAAGCUCGGCAUAGAUGGUGCUUAUGGCAUAUAAAGAAGAAGUUGUCAGAAAAGUUGAAGGGUUAUGAAGAGUAUGAUUCUAUCAAAUUUUUUCUGAAAAAUGCGGUGUACAAUUCCCUAAGUAGAGAUGAAUUUGAGGAAAGUUGGAAUAAUAUGAUUGAAAGGUUUGAGCUCCAAGAUAAUGAGUGGUUAACUGGACUAUACAUUGAGAGGUGUCGUUGGGUGCCAAUUUAUGUGAAGGAUAUUUUUUGGGCUGGUAUGUCUACUACACAACGUAGUGAGAGUAUGAACUCAUUUUUUGAUGGGUAUGUCAACUCAAAAACAACUUUAAAGCAGUUUGUAGAACAAUAUGACAAUGCACUUGCAAGUAAAGUGGAGAAGGAGAAUCAAGAAGACUUCAACUCGUACAACUCAAUGUAUCCAUGCAUUACAGAUUAUGAGAUGGAGAAACGGAUUCAGUCUCUUUAUACAAAUUCAAAGUUUAAAGAGUUUCAGCAAGAAUUGAAAGGAAAACUUUAUUGUGAAGUUUUUCCAAUCCAAAAUGAUAGCUCAAAGUACGAAGUUGUUGAAGAUUGUAGGUUUGGUGAAAAAAGAAGGCAUGUGUCUUAUAAAGUAGACUUUAAAGAAGUUGAUGGGGAAGUCAUCUACAACUGUAAGUUGUAUGAAUUUAGAGGAAUAUUGUGUAGACACGCAAUUUCAGUUUUGAUUCACAAAAGAGUUUAUGAGAUUCCUUCUAAAUAUAUCAUGAGUAGAUGGAGAAAAGAUAUAAAAAGAUGUCAUACUCGGGUGAAGAUAAGCUACAAUACUAUGGCAGUGAACAUAGAGACACAAAGAUUUGAAAAGAUGUGUGAAGCUUUCUUUAAGGUCGCUAAGAUGGCUAUGGAUAGUGAUUCAAAGUGUGAAAAAGUGGUGGAAUGGACAGGUAAACUGAAGAAUUUUUUUGAUGAUCAUACCAGUUCUGAUGCUGCUCAACCUUGUGUAAAUGAUGGUGGAACAACAAUUGGUACUGAGACAUUAAACAAUGACCAUCCAAACAUAAUUGAUCCUGUGAUUGUUCGAGGUAAAGGUCGUUCCCCAACCAAUAGAAAAAUAUCCAGGGUUGAGAAAACCAUCACAAAGAAAAAAGGAAGUAAAAAGAAAAAAGUUGAGAAAACAGGGCAGGACACAUCUUCCAAAUCCUCUCAAAAUAUUUUUGAGCUACAAAACUCAAAUGAUUUUCAGAUACCAGAAAAUCAAAGAAAAACUUAUCAGGAGCAUUUAAGUACUUUGGAAAAAAGUACCUACAAUCAUGAGCAUCACUUACCUAGUAGUGAUGAUUUUGUUUCUGCACCAUUCUCUUAUUAUACUCCUCAGGUUGGCUUUGAGGUAAUUCCUCACUGGAGUCAUGAUCAAGCUACAACAAUUCCAAGUCAUUUGGCAGGAACACAUAUGAGCAUCCUAUCUUCAUUUAGUAGAAAUCAAGGAGAACAGAAAUAA